UUUCCCAAUUCUCUCGCCCCCUUUUCAGCUCUGUCAACAGAUUUUGUUCUGUUUUCCCCACUUGUUGGUUUCUCUUUUCUCUAUGUUACCUAAUUUUGAUGGCUUCAAAUUCUCGACACAACUGAAUUGUGCGUAGAUUUGGGCGCUGUAUCAAUCUUUAGCUCGCAUAUACACUUUCGUUUGUGCAAAUUGAUUCUGAAGAUUUAGCAAUAAAUAUAAGGGCUUCCAUCGUUACUACCUGGGGAUCUAAGACACCAGUAUGCAUUGGUGGAUUCUGUCAAUCGACGUUUUUCGAUUUGUUAUCUCCUUGAAUUUGUAUUGCAGGGUUAUUCUAUAACUUGUUAUUCCUCCACUUGAGCUAAAAAACAAUUCCUUUACACACUCAUUGUUAGCUUAUCUAUCCAUGAUGGGAUCAAAUCACUUCCCUUUGUCUUCUUGUUUUUUCUACAUUCUAUAAGAUUUGCUCUGCAAAACUACUUGUGGUUUAUUUCAAUCUUCAUCAGCAGUGUUAGCUGUUUAAGUUCUUCAUCUUCUUCUUGUUUCUGUUAGAUUCUGUUUUGAGUUUGGGUAGUUGAUCAAUUAGAGUUUCUAGCCUGCCUUCAACUUUGUUUCCGUAUUAGUCGCCUCCUUUCGUGUUGUUAGCUGUUUGUUCGUUCAUCCGCGUUUAUAAUCUCUUUGUGAAAUACAUCAAGAGUCGAAAGUAGUUAUGGUGUGCCAAGCAGCGAGCCAGACGAGAUUCAGGGCACUUAAACAUGAGAGUGGAAUUUCUGGGAGAACAACCAUUAUAGUUGUAAUAGCAUGCUUUCAACCUUUGCAGAAUUGCCAGGCUGAAUAUUUCCGUCACUUGCUGAAACCUGUCACGUAGACCUGUUCCCGUUUUCCGUUUGUCAAAAAUCAAUCUAGCAAAUAUAGUUUUGUUUUGGAUAUUGGAAAGUAAUCCACUUGCCGGACUAGAGUACAAGUACAUUAUUCUGCUUGUUUGGCCGGAUGGCCACGGCCAAAGAGUCUCAGGCGCAUCAGAAGUUCACUGCUCGGAAUUCAUCAUAUACGGAUCAUAUGGGAAUGUACUACUGCCAGAGAACUACUGCUGCCAAUGAUGUCAUUAUAGAACAGUGUGCCUCUGAUUCACCUAGCUUGAACGCAGGCCAACAAGGUGCAGUCGGCGGGUCCCGGCUGCCUCACUGCAAUAUCCGUUAUGCUACUGAAGACCCUUAUCGGAAAGGCUCACAUUGUAUCAUAGAUAGGCAGCCAGUUGGUGCUCCUCAGAGGAGGUUCCUUAUCUUUGAUCAGUCUAAAAAUCACACCAGACUGUUCUUCAGUCCUUCAUUUUCUAGCCUCAGCCGGAUGUUUUUGUCCAAGACUCCCGCCAGCGCUAAUGGCUCGUUCGCAAAAGUAGACACUCCUGUCAACCGCUGCAUCUUAAUGAAACCCGUGGUCGAAGAAAAAUGGGAUGAAAACCAUCCCUCCUACGGGGAGGGUGAGAUGGAUGAAGAUACUGAUGAGAUCAACGCUCUGCUCUACUCUGAUAGUGAUGAGGACGAUAAUAGCGAGGACGACGAAGUGACUAGCACGGGGCACUCCCUGCCACUCAGCCUCGACGAAAUAACAGAAGAAGUAGCGAGCUCUGAUCACAAGUCUUCGAAAAGGAAAAGGCUGCUCGAUGGAAGGGACGAGAAAUCAUCAUUUGAGACUAGCAGGAGGCUGAGGUACUCUGGGGAUGAUGACAGCGGCAAGAAGGUUAAAAUCCGCGAGGCGCUGAAGAUGCUCGAGAGCAUCAUCCCGGGAUUGGACGAGAGCAAUCCGCUGUCCAUAAUCGACGGGGCAGUGGCGUACCUGAAAUCUAUGAAAUCGGAGGCGGAGUCUCUCCGGAGACGGAAGGGGGCCACGUGGACCCCGUGAGUUGCAUCAUUAGGGGAGCGUGUUUGAUUAAUGAGGUGGGUUUUUCUUUUGGAUGUUGCUUUUAGGUGUAAUAGUGCAGCCAGUAUGAAGAUUGUGGGGCAAUAAAGAAGGGCUUAAGUCGAUAAAAGCAGCCAACUAUACUUCAUUAGUCUUGAGGUGGAGGGAAGAGUUGAUGACUUUGAAAUGAUUGAAAUUUGAUUUAAAAGUAAAAGGCAGAUAGAAGAAAGCAUGGUGGUGUCUUUUUAAGUCCAACAAACGCCAUGGAUGGUGAGCAUGCGUGUUUGGUGAUAGAGGAGGGACCCGCCCACCAUUUCGCCCCUUUCUUGAUUUUUAUAUGCCUAUCUUGAAAAUCUGUGCGGAGGGGCCAUCGCAGGGCUUCAUCGAUUUCGAUCCAUCAUCAUCAAAUCUCAUUGUUUGUUUCCAGUUGUCGUUUUUAUUGGUUUUAAAUAUUUGUGACUCUGUUUGUGAGGCUGUAUAAAUAUCUGCUGCUGCAGUGUAAUAUGAUGAUAGUGUUUGGGAUUUGCUGUUUUUUUUAGUUUGCUUUAUUUAUACCUUCAUAUUUUAGAGUGAACUAUAAAUAUAGUUUUGUCAGA